GAUGAUAUUGUCUUCAGUUAAAUCUAUAAAAUGCGUUAAAACUGUGAUUGUAUCGAUAUCAACACGUUCUAUUACAAUUGGUGAUCGUGUCACUUUGACUAGAAGAAUAACUAUUGAAGAUGUGAAAAACUUUGCUAAACUUACUGGUGAUAUGAAUCCAGUUCAUUUAGACGCUGAAUAUGCAAAACAAACACGUUAUGGAAAGUGUAUUGUACACGGGAUACUAGUUCAAGGCCUAGUUUCUUGCCUUUUGGGUGUACAUUUCCCUGGGAUUGGAUGUGUUGCACAUGCAAUAAACUGUAAAUUCCCUGAACCAUUAUUUGUUGGUGAAAUAUGUCGGAUAGAGGCAGUUGUGUCUAAACUACGCGGAAGAUUGGCUACCUUCGAUGUGAAUGCUUACGCCAAUGAGAGAAAUACGAAUGUCCUCAUUGGAAAGUUCGAUGUGUUUCUUACACGUGAACAAUUGUCUAUGAAACCUCCAGUUAAUUCAGAGAUCAAUUAUCAUUCGGAAUGAUCCAUUAUCUAGCAAAGCUGACAUGUUGUAUAUUCCUAUUUGUAUAUUCGUGUACAGUGUUGAUUUUUACUCAUAUAGCUUUCAUGUAUAGUAUUAAAACAAUGUUAUUUAACUCUUAUCGUCCUGUUUGUUUAUUUAUUUAUUGUAAAAUAGUUGGUUAAUCAGUGAUUUUUAAAAAAAAUUUAAUAUUUCCG